AUGCUGUACACCGUACUGCUGGGCUCCCUUCUCCUUGCUUGCUCAGACCUGGUUUACCCCAGACAUUUACCCCUGGAAGGGUGGAAUAACAAGCAGACAGACUUGCAGGCAUGUUCCCGUUGCCAGCAGGAGAAAUGCCCACCUAUGUCACACAGGUGCCCAGGUGGGAAGGUAAAGGACCGCUGUGACUGUUGUUGGGAAUGCGCCAAUGUGGAGGGGCAGAUGUGCGACUUGCCCCGGAGCAGACACCAAUAUGGGGCAUGUGGAGAGGGUUUACAAUGCCAGAUGAAAAGUGGGCAGAACACGGAAGGGCAAUGUGUCUGUCUGACCCAGGAAAGCGUGUGUGGGACAGACAGACGGACAUACAAAAACAGCUGUCGACUUCGGGAAGCAGCCAACACCAAGUGGAGAAAAGAUCUGAGGAUUAAUCAUACGGGGCCGUGCAGGGAAGCUCCAGUGGUCCUUAGUGGUCCGCAAGAUACGUUGGUUCUGGCUGGACAGAGUGUUAUUCUUGGCUGCGAAGUGACCGCGCAGCCUUUGGCAGAAUUAGAGUGGAAGAAAGAAGGCACUGAGGGGGCACUGCCAGGACACAACAGCCACAUGGUCGUCCAGACUCAUGGUGGACCACAGCGCCAUUUGGUGACCGGCUGGCUGCAGAUUCAUUGGGUGAGGGCAAGUGACGCCGGUCUGUAUACCUGCAAAGCAUGGAACCAACUGGGCAACAUCUCUGCAUCCGCAACGCUGACAGUCAUCCCUUCUGAUUCACUUCGGAACGAGGAGGUACCAGCUUACCGUGUUGGGAUAUUUGAUUUGUCAGAUGAUGAAGACGAUUAUGGUAAAUAUCGGGAAGGCCCCUCUGGAUCAUACGAGUGAGGAUGAACACUGAU